UGUUUGUUGUGUGAAUUAGGGUUUACAUCUUUCCAAGAGCAUUUGGUCGGCUGAUUCUUUUACUCUCUUGGGUCUUGUCGUUGCAGAAUCUCUUAGAAGCUUACGAAAAUGGUUCUUCAGAACGAUAUUGAUCUGCUUAACCCACCUGCUGAGCUCGAGAAGAGGAAGCACAAGCUCAAGCGUCUUGUUCAGUCACCCAAUUCAUUUUUCAUGGAUGUCAAGUGUCAAGGCUGCUUUAACAUUACGACGGUGUUCAGCCACUCUCAGACCGUUGUGGUGUGUGGAAACUGCCAGACUGUACUUUGCCAACCCACAGGAGGCAAGGCAAAGCUCACUGAAGGAUGUUCAUUCAGGAAGAAGGGAGACUAAAUAAGAAGAAGAUGACUCCAUUCACUCAGCCGCACCUUUUCAUUUUGUUUUUAUUAUGAAUUUUUGAAGAUAUUUGAGCUAGUAUCCCUUCUUUGUCCAUCAAUCUUAAAAUUAUAGUAUGGAUUUUGUUGUUGAAUCUAAUCAAAAGCUCGUUCCUUUAU